ACAACUCGUGGUUCAGUUCGUGCUGAGCCUGUUGCAAGUCUUGACUCUUUGAGUCGCUGAUUCGUGCAUAUCGAACCAACUCUCGCCCGUCGAUUGGGAGGGAAAACUUUGUCAGCACCGCGCGCCUUCUUAUCAGUUCUUAUCUUAUUGCGCUGAAAUAGUGGUCAACGAAGUUGGAAACACGCUCGCGUCGGCCGUGGCACGCACAGCGUUCGCAUCCGUAAAUAAAUCCGACCAUAAGAAAAAUUUCGCUCCGCUCGCAAAAUGAAAAUUCAUAAAGUGUUCAACAUCAUAAUUCUCGGUUUGAAUUCGUAAUCGGUGCGGCGUGACCCUCGAUCGAGAAGACAUCUUCGGGAUCUUGCCAGCCAGGGAUAGCAGAAUAACGUGCCGGUUGCAACUUAUUUAUACCCGCGACCGAAUAUAGAAUGAGUCGGAAGAGCGGCUACAAGAGUGUCUACACAAGUCCCGAUGGCAUCGACGAUGGCAUUCAGAAAGUAUCAACAGGAUGGUUUGGAACAAGGCACAUGGUCACGCUCAUGCUGUUCAUGGGCAUGGCGAACGCGUACAUCAUGAGGACCAAUAUGUCAGUGGCGAUUGUCGCAAUGGUUAAUCACACGGCCGUCGAUGAGAAGAACAAAAAUCACGUUGUAGAAGUCUAUGAUGAUGAAUGUGGCGUACCUUAUGAGAACGAGAAGCACAAAAAUGGCACCGAUGGAGAGUACGUUUGGGACAAUGAUAUUCAGAGUUACAUCCUCAGCUCCUUCUUCUAUGGCUAUGUCAUCACUCAAAUUCCUUUCGGUAUUCUGGCGAAAAGAUACGGCAACAUCUGGUUCUUGGGCGUCGGCAUGCUGGUGAAUUCCGUCUUCGGUUUGCUGGUGCCCAUUGCUGCUGAAGGCGGUAUUUGGACGCUGAUCAUCGUCAGAUUUAUUCAAGGAUUGGGCGAGGGCCCUAUUGUACCAUGCACGCACGCUCUUCUGGCGAAAUGGAUUCCACCUAAUGAGAGAAGUCGUAUGGGUGCGUUCGUUUACGCAGGAGCCCAAUUUGGUACUGUUAUCUCCAUGCCGUUGAGUGGUUUGUUGUCCCAGUCUGAUGCCGGUUGGCCUUCGAUUUUCUACGCGUUUGGUGCUGUUGGUACCAUCUGGUCUUUGGCAUUCCUGUGGUGGGUCUAUGAGGAUCCCGAAGUCCACCCAACUAUUAAUCCCGACGAAAAGAAGUACAUCAUGAAUGCAUUAUGGGGAACUCAGGGAAUUACUAUGCCCCCCAUUCCAUGGAAAUCCAUCAUCAAGUCCAUGCCUUUCUGGGCUAUCCUCAUUGCUCACAUGGGUCAUAAUUACGGUUAUGAAACAUUGAUGACCGAAUUGCCAACUUAUAUGAAACAAGUGCUUCGUUAUGAUAUUAAAGAGAAUGGUACCCUUUCUGCCUUACCCUACCUCGCUAUGUGGAUCUUUUCAAUGUUCGCUAGCCAAAUUGCUGAUAAGUUACUUAGUGCCAAAAUAUUAUCACUUACUGUGGUUCGUAAAAUACUCAAUGGCAUCGGUCAAUUCGGUCCCGCCAUCGCUCUUGUGGGCGCUUCCUUCACAGGCUGCCAACGUGGGUGGACUGUUGCUAUCCUCACAGUCGGUGUUGGUCUCAAUGGUGGUAUCUAUUCCGGUUUCAAAGUAAAUCAUUUAGAUAUAUCGCCAAGGUUUGCUGGUAUUUUGAUGGCUUUCACGAAUUGCCUUGCCAAUUUGGCUGGUCUAUUGGCACCUUUAUUUGCUGGUCAAAUUUUGAAAGGUGGUACCGAAGUUCUGUCAACACAUGAAAAAUGGCAGAUUGUUUUCGUUACUGCCGGCGGUGUGUAUGCAGUGUGUUGUACAAUCUAUUUGAUAUUCGGUUCUGGUGAACGCCAGCCAUGGGACAAUCCUGGAGAUGACGAGGACACGAGCAGUAGCAGAAGCACUAGCUGUCGGCCGCAAAACAGUAAAGAUCGAGACGUAGAAAGUGCAAAUCAGUUAACUACAGCGACGUAGUGUGUGCGUGUGAAUGGGUGUUUAAAUGGGUGGGUUCGUGAUGCCCUUUUUUUAUACAUAAUAUAGAAUGAUUGAAUUUUA